CAGUGUGUCAAAAAAACGCUUGGUCUUUGGGAUUGACAGCAUCGAAAAACCUUCCUAAAAAUCUACAAACCGUCCUAGAAUUUGAGGUAACUUGUGAUUCUUCGGUCAUGGAGAGUGCAAGAAAACCUCAACUGAGCGACCUACGACUCAAACGACUCGCUUACUUUGAUCAACACUAUCCCCAAAGUCCGAGCCCACCCUCAAAAGAGAAACCAAGCACGACCAACUCUCCAUUGAAAACAAACGGACAAACAGAACGAAAUGGACCCAAGACCAGUUCAAGUUAUGGAGCCACAACUUACAGCCAGACUGGUGCCAUUCCUAAAUCAAGCAAGAAAACGCAGCAUUACUUUCUUGAUACUAAUGGAAAAGAUAAACGAAAUUCUCGGAAGGGUAAUAGACCCGAGAGCAAUGGAAUCAGUUAUCAACAAGUUGCGGAAAAAAGAAAAUCAACGAUGGAGAUGAUUAACUCUGAGGAGUUUGAGAUAUCUAACGAUGUUGAAGAGAUUUUCCGAUCGCACAAACCAAGAUCUCGAGCAAACGGAAGUGUUGACAAAGUAGUUCAUCUUUCGACUACAAAACCACCAAUUCAAGGCAGUUACGAAACUGCCUCAAGCGAUUAUGAGGCUCAACUCAGAAAUCAUCUUCAAAAACCACAUCGCCAGGGUUUAAACGUUGAAAUAACGAGAAAGUCAAAAGCAGUUUUAAAAAGAGAUGAUGCAUCUACUGAUGUGAGAGAUUAUGUUGAUUCAAGAACUCAUACUGAUUUAAUUGGUGAUCAUUUUGUUUCAAGACAGUAUGAUUCAAGAGAUAACUCGUCCUCAACAAAUAAGGAUUAUCUCGCUGAUCAGGAAUUUUCAAGAGAUGGCAUAGAUUUCGGAGAUCAAGGUGAUUUGAAAGAUCCAGCUGAUUACAGAUAUCAUCUCGAUUUCACAGAGCGUCUUGACAGAGGAGAUAAGACAUCCUCCAGUGUUCAUAGAGAGCAUCUUGAUUCAAGAAAGAAACACUUAAAGAAGUACAUCUAUCGCCAGGAUGACGCUAUUGUGCAGCCAGCGGUGAGGGCAGCAGACGACCACAGUGCGGUGUACGCGCAGAAUAUACUACACCAGAUGACGGAGGUGCGUCAGAUGAGGAAUGAAAUGCAUGGCGAACUCUUGGCCGGUUCAUCGCAUCACGACCCGAGGAUGAAGCCAGUAGCUCCGGUUGGCCGUCAAGAACCAUUAUCAAGUGAGAAAGCAGUCGAGGGCAUAUUCACUCCCAUGCCAUCAAGCUUAAAACACGAUGUAAGGAGGUCUUGGAAACAGCAAGUUUCUGAAGAAGGUGAGAUGGUCGAUGUCAUUCCAUCAAACGAUUCUGUUCAUUUGACUUCCAAGAAAGUCUCCAAACAUCAGUCGCCAUCUUUCCAUAGCUCAGAUUUAGACAAGAAUGACGGCGGUGGGGAUACCCUCAAUGUCCCUCAAGGAAAUACCUCCUCGGAAUCUCUGGAGAAUGACAUGACCUUUGACCUCGGGGCUUUACAGGAAGCAGCUAAGCAAGGAGAUGAGAUCCUGAGAAAAUACAUUCAAAGUCUGAGCAAGAACUUGAAGAAGAAGAAGUUAGCGAAGGAGACAAGUUCAUCGAGAGCUCAACAUAAUCUUGAGUCCAAUAACCGUGGUUUUGAUGAAGAAGAUGUGAGCUUUUCAGAGCCUGCAGAAGGUCCUUUAAAGGAAAAGUCUUCAAAAUCAGAAAACCAUUACACACCUAAGGUUUCCCAACCCGCAAUAACUUCAAGAGAAUUGGAGGGCCUGGGGCUGUUUGAGGACCUUAGAGUGAAAAGCAACUUGCCCCAGCCAUCAAGUCACCAAGAUUCAUCUGAGCUUGAUAACACUUGGGAAGAUGAAGUUGGUGAAGAAAUUAUUGACCAAGCUAGGGAUGACCUUGAUGAGGACCUUGGUUUAAGCACUCACCGUCCUCAAGAAAGACCGUUCUCUCCUCUCAAACAAGUGACUACGUUCAACGAGGUUAAGCCUGCCCGAGACCAGGAAUUCUACGGGACAGAAAGUAGUUUUAAAAGUACCCUUGAUGCAUCCGACCGUUUGCGCGACCCCGAACUGCCUUUGCCGAAGAAGUCAAGGAGUCGACAAGCAUGUUCCUUAAACUCUCAAAGUGAGCAAGAAGAGGCCGCCACCUGCAAUAACAUUGACGAUUUCUUUUCAACGGAUAAAUCUUUACGUGAUGAUAAGUUGGAAAACAAGCAAGGUCACUCUAAAACUAAAGAAAAGUCAAGUUCUGUUUCUACACGUGCUGUCCGCUUGAACAAUUUAGACGCCAACACCAAUGAAGACAUACUAAUGAACUCUGCCCCUCUCCCACUUCCUUUGGGAACUGAAAUCGGUAACUUUCUUUGCUCCGAGCAGAGUACAGACUCUGAUCCAGAUCGAUUGACGAAAAGUGGCGCAUUCAAACCCAGACCACCAAACAAAGAAAGGAAAAGUUCUCAAGUAAAACGACAUAAACCUAAAAAUAGUUCCGAAGCUCUUGUGAGGAAUCCAAGUCCGAGGCGGCCAAAGACUCCAGAGCGACACGUUGAUGGGGUCAGAGAACAUCAUGAAAGGAGAAGAGACCAUCAGAAAAAGAUCUCUCCUCGUAAAAGUCAAAUUCAACAAGUGGAAAGUAGUGCAUUUGAGUCAAACAAGUUGACUCUUGGUAAAGAAAGAGUUGAAAAGGAUGACUUGAUGGUUGAAGAUAUCUUCAAGACAUCACAGAGUCUACCGACUGCUGAACCACUCUUGGUCGGACCAGCUGGUGACGCUCCCAAACUGGAUGAUGUUCAAAACCAAAAUGUUAAGACGUGCCCAGAGUGUAAUGGUUUAAACACAACCCUGAGCUCUUCAUGUCAGGUUUGUGGAGCUGUUUUUCUCGAUGGAAAAUCACGAGACCAAGAAGGUUCUGUUCUUCAAUUUGUCGACAAGUUAGAUCUUUCUGCUGCUCCUGCUUAUACUGACCGUACUGAUAUGACCACAGGGAGUGCGUGGGACAUCCAAGUGUCACAACAAGUUCAAGAUGAAGAUCUUCUUAGAAAAGGCGCUGACAAUGUGGCCACUGUGAUGGGAAAAAUUGCCAAUUUCGUUCCUAGAUUGAGCAUCGAUGGCGGUGGAGACUUCCAAAGAGUGGCAAGUCCAGGUGUGGUUGAAGAGGUGCUUGGGGGACAAGGCAAUGGUAAAAGCGUCAAAGGAGGUGACUUGCCAACAAGAGUUGAUGCGUGGCUCGCUGCUAACGAAACUGGAAGACGCUCUAAAGUCCUUGAUAUGGACCCCAACAAUCCUGAUAGUCAACCAGCAGCUCAUGAAGUGACCUUCGACCUUCCACACCAAGAUGACGUAAGCAAACUACAUGUAUUGAACGAGAACGGCCGCGAUAGACAACUCAAACCUCGUCCAAGCAGUGCUGGGCCGCAGAGGAGCAGCCAGGGUGUUGCACGGCCAAAAUCUUCGACCAACAAGAGCAGAACGGGACAACUGAUUGACAGUCCAAUGUAUAACAGACGCUGGGCAACGUCCAGCUCCACAUGGGGUUCAAGACGGUCAGUUGGAGAUGGUCUACAGGCCAGUGGCCAAAGGCUACCCUUGGCUGAUUCAUUAACAGCAUCUGGCUCCCCCUUGGUGCAGACAAAGAGGCCAGCAUCAGCGAAGUCCCGACCAGCCCCGCCUAAGGGCGAUAUCGAACCAGGGGUCAGAGGUCACAAGUCACGACCUAAAUCAGCAAGUUGGAGGUCGAGAGAAUCAAAAGACGUCAGGGAAGGGCAGAGCCAAGAGAUGAUGAAGGAGGAGUUUCUUGCAGUCAACUCAGCACAACUCAAAGAAGGUCUAGCUUCCAGAGCAUUGAAUACAUCCUCAAGCCAUAACAUCCCUCCUCUAACUCUCCAGCUCAUGUGUGAUAGUCCGAGAGGUGGCGAGGGUCUCUCUAUCUGGGAGCUUCUACCAGAUGAAAUUCUACUUCAUAUCUUCAGUUAUUUGAGCUUCUCUGAUCUCAUCCAAUGUGCUGUCAGCUGCUCCAGGUUUCAUCGUAUUGCUAUGGAUGAUACUUUGUGGAGAACAAUUGGACUCCACAAGAGGCAGGUCACAGACUUCUGGCUGACCCAGAUUGGUGAGAGACAUCCUGUCAGCCUGUCAAUCACUCAAUGCCAUGGUAACAUCGUUACAGAGAAUGGAUUGCGCAAUCUCUUCCGCAGCUGUGCGGACAGCCUUCAGGAGUUGAAUGUAAGCGGAUGUACAGGUGGGGACUUGACCGGUGACUCUUUACUCCUACACGCUUCAAGAUGUCAAUAUCUAACGUCCCUAGACGCUAGCUGGUGCCAAGUCACUGAUAAUGGACUGGCUGCAAUAUCAGACAGCUGCAAAAGGUUGACCUCUCUAUGUCUGAAUGGAUGCCAGUCAGUUUCUGAUGAAUGUCUUAGGAAAGUCAUCACUAGACAUGGAAAGAGUUUACAAGUCCUUGAAGUGUUGGGAUGUCUUCAGUUGUCACCUGAGACUCUACGAUUGAUCGGCAAAGAAUGCAGACAUCUUCGCACUCUUAAUAUCGGACAAUGCUAUAGGGUGACUGAUGACUGCAUUAGUGUCUUAGCUGGACAUCUAAGAAAUCUUCAACAUUUAGAUCUCAGAGGCUGCAAGCAGAUAAGAGAUUCGUGUAUAAGAAAGAUCGUCAGGAACUGUAAGAGACUGAUUAAUCUUGUCUUAGCUAAUUGCAACCACAUCACUAAUGCUGCUAUCAUCGAGAUUGCAACGUAUCUCUCAACCAUCAGAUCUUUGGAUGUCUCAGGAUGUAAGAAAGUAAACAAUGAAGGAGUGCGUUCCUUAGCAACCUGUUGUCAUCACUUGACCUCACUUGAUGUCAGCUCAACAGGGGUUGACCACAAAAGCGUCUCUGCUCUGGCCAGUUAUUGUAACAAGACGCUUGUGUCAGCUCGCUUCAACUGUUGUAAGGACAUCACAGAGGCCGCAACAAUCAAGCUGCUUAAAAACUGCAAAAAACUGAAGACACUGCACCUUUAUGGAGUGAAAGGGCUUCGUAACCUCGGUGUGUUAAAGCAGCAGUAUCCAUGUCUCCAGUUUGGAUGAGAUUCUUAAAGGGAAGGUAUGCAUUUGAAGGCCUGAUACUUCAUGGAGGCAAUGAAGGCGAUCACCUCCAUGC